UGAAAAAUGUGGCAGUAGAAGUCAAAAGUGAACAGGAGAAGGAGAUUUUAAGGAAUAGUCAAGAUGGGCAUGAGGAUCAAACUUCAUAGCACUGACCAUCCGAAUAACUUGUUGAAGGAACUUAACAAAUCUCGAUUGACAGAGUCUAUGUGUGACGUCACCAUUGUUGUGGGUAGCUGUUCGUUCCCUGCACACAAAGCAGUGCUGGCAUGUGCAGCAGGCUAUUUCCAGAAUCUUUUCCUGAAUACAGGAUUGGAUGCUGCCCGCACUUAUGUAGUGGAUUUCAUUACUCCGGCCAACUUUGAAAAGAUUCUGAAUUUUGUUUAUACAUCAGAGCUCUUCACGGACCUUAUAAAUGUGGGUGUCAUUUAUGAGGUUGCUGAAAAAUUGGGCAUGGAUGAUUUGCUGAAGGCUUGCCAUUCUACCUUCCCAGAUUUGGAAAACUCAGCUGUCACUAAACAGCCUUCUGCCUCAAAUGAAAGCCGGCCUAGUGGUGCUUUAGCUGAACCAAACCAUUCUCUAGGUGAAAGUCGAAAUAGUGGGGAACAGCUGGGAUCAGAGCGAAAUUGCAAUAUGCAUGGUGAAGCAGCCACUGGCUACAAAGAAGAUCCUACCAAUGAAGCUACUCACACUUUAAUACAUCCACAGACUCCCAAAGCUGAAGAGCAAGAACCAACAGGACCAUUUACUGGUGCCAUGAGUAUAAUGACCCAGGGUGGUCUCGGUAAUAUUAGCAUGGCUGUUCAAACCCCUGUGAACUCUUGUCAGCAGUAUAAGGUCCAGAGCAAUGGGGAUUAUAACAAAAGUAAUCUUUUUGCCUCCGAUGUCUCCUUAGAUAUAUCAACAAGUAGCAAUUCCUGCCCCAGCAAUAGUGACCAUUCCAAAGAUCAUGGUUUUGGGCCGAUGGAUGAAUUGCAGCUGGAGGACUUGGGGGAAGAAGAUCUGCACUUUGAAGAUCCCAGUGAAGAGCUGGGUGCUGCAGAGGAAGUGAUAGAGCUGAGCGAUGAUAGCGAGGAAGAGCUAUCCUUCGAGAACGACAGCCGGGAAAACAAGGCCAUGCCGUGUCAAGUGUGCAAAAAGGUUUUGGAGCCCAACAUUCAGUUGAUCCGUCAGCAUGCUAGGGAUCAUGUAGACCUUCUGACCGGCAAUUGCAAGGUUUGUGAGACCCAUUUCCAAGACAGGAACUCUAGAGUCACUCAUGUCCUGUCACACAUUGGGAUAUUCCUUUUUUCCUGUGAUAUGUGUGAGACUAAGUUUUUCACCCAGUGGCAGCUGAAUCUUCAUCGCCGAGAAGGGGUGUUUGACAACAAUAUUAUUGUCCAUCCCAGUGACCCUCUGAUAGGAAAGGUCAAUUUGUUCAAUGGGGAUUUAGCAUGUGCUGCCUGUAGGAAACCACUGGCCAAAGAUUUUCAUGUGGUUCGUGGCCACAUCUUGGACCAUGUGAAUGUGAAAGGCCAAAUAUGUGGUAUAUGUGACCAGCAACAUCUCAAUCUCUGCAGCUUGAUGUGGCACACACUUUCCCACUUGGGAAUUUCUGUCUUUUCUUGCUCUAUCUGUGCCAGUAGUUUUGUGGAUAGACAUCUUUUGGAGAAGCAUGUGGCUGUCCAUCAAAGUAUGGAAGAAGCUCUCUUCCGGUGUCAUUACUGCGGUCAGGCUUUCAAACUUGAAGCUGCGUAUCGCUACCAUGUUAGUCAGCACAAGUGUAACUCUACCUUGGACCUCGUCCGGCCGAACUUUGGUGACCGUCUUCAUCAGCAAGCAUUGCAAAAGCGGAAGCUGACGGAGAAGUUCCUAAAUGAGGACGUGGCUCUCCAGAACCAACCUGGGAAUAGUAAAUAUAGCUGUAAGGUUUGUGGGAAAAGAUUUGCUCAUACCAGUGAAUUCAACUAUCAUCGGCGGAUCCACACAGGGGAGAAGCCCUAUCAGUGCAAAGUGUGCUACAAGUUCUUCCGUGGACGUUCUACCAUAAAGUGUCAUCUGAAGACACAUUCUGGGGCUCUCAUGUACCGGUGCACCGUUUGUGGCCACUACAGUUCCACCCUUAACCUUAUGAGCAAGCAUAUAGGUGUGCACAAAGGGAGCCUCCCACCAGACUUUACCAUUGAGCAAACUUUCAUGUACAUCAUCCAUUCCAAAGAUGCAGAAAAAAACUCAGAGAGCUGAUGCAGCUAUACUGGGGAAGUAAACACUACUUGAGAUAGCAGUGAAACUUGUUUCAGAAUUUUUAAAAAAUUACUUUUAAUGGUCUGUAUACUUUUAUUUUCUUACAUUUCGUGUAGAAUUUUCCUUGAAAUCACUGUCCUGUGAAACAAUAUCACAUUAGAUGUGUUACUGUUCUCAAAAAAACGUUGUGUUUACCUCCCGAGUUGCUUCAAAUGUAAGAAAUAAGAUCUUCUGUUCUUCAUCUAUCCCAUCUCGUGACUUCUCUCCUCCUCUCACAGGCUUUAUCUGACAUCAUUAGAAGAUUGAUGUUGCUAAGAUGUAUCGAUGAUCCAUACCAGUAGGGCUAGCAGGAGAAAAAGUGGAAAAUAUGACAAAAAAUGCUUCUGGUUUAUUGAUGACAAGGUUUAAUUUCCAAAAUUUAAUCCUAAGCAUACUUACUCAGAAAUAAGGCUGCCUUUGUUUUGAAGGAAUUAUUUCCUGUUGGUUCAUGUAUUGUAGACACAUCUAUAUAUUUUUCCUUUCAAAAGGAUUGCAUUUUCUUAUAUAGUAAAUUUAACUGUCAUGCCAGUCUAUAGACUUUGAGAGAAAGAUCAUCUCCCUACAGUGAAAAGCUGAUUUCUUUGAAUGAAGCUGAUAUUAAAGGUACAAGGGCUGGAUACGUUAGGAGAUUUAAUCAGUCACCAAAUCUACCUUACAUCUAGCCUUAAUUUUCAUUUCCCUCUUAGUUUUGGCAAAGCACACUUAUUUUAGUUGUUCAAACAAUAAAAUUUGAUCUGAAGUACCUCUUUCAAAAAUUCUUAGGGCAUGAAAAAAAUUGCAAGUUGGCAGUGCUGCCUUGAUGCCAAUGUGAAAUUCUGUCAUUAAUAUUUGUAUUGAACAAUAAGGUGUGUUCAGAGGGUAAAACAUUUAAAGCAAUUAAUAUAUUAUGCUAGUGCUUGGAAUCUUUGUUUUGGUCUACAAUAUUUAUUUGCCUGAUUAAAAUUUAGUAGGGCUAAUUUCUGAGUAAAGAUGGGUAGAAGUGCACAGUUGUGUUUGAAAAGACAUUGUUGCCUUAAAACAUUUCUAUAAGGGGGAAUGAAAAGAUUAGAGCAGGGUGUCAAAUGCGCACUGUCAUGGCAGUGUCACAUGACGUAUUGGGACCUUUUUCCCCUUUACUAAGGCGGGCUUGGGCGUGGCCAGCAUGUGACACAUCAGGCUCGCGGGCAGGGAGUUUGAGAGCCCUGGAUUAGAGUUUUUGUAUGACCUUCAAGCAGGAAACUAAAUACACUGUUUUUACUUUUUGUUUAGAGUGAGUCAGAAGUUUUCUUAACAGUGGCACUUAUUUUUACACUUUACAGAUUAUAGUAUUUGUUUCAUUGAAAAUGCCGGUCCUAUUUGCCCCUGCUACUAUGUCAGAUUGUGACUUGAGAAAUAUAAUUGCGCUGGUAUUACAGAUGUAACCUUUCUAAAGAAUUAAAGCCAAUUUGAAUAUAUUUUCAUCACAUUUAGUUGUAUGCCUAACUUUUUCUCUACAGAAUUAAAUUUUAUUAACAGUAAAACAAACAAUUACUUUUAAAUAAACUUCUCAGAGGUUCCAGUGGCACUGAUUGGUUAAUGUUGGCUGCAUUACCAAAGGGCAGCCUGAUUCAUUCCUGGAACAUUGGCAGUUUUAAAAAU